UCUGUAAAAUUUAAAAAUUGCAUAUCUAUUGUCUAAUAACUCUCGUUUUCCUUUCAUAUUUAGUGAAUUUGUGGACUGCAUGUUUUAUUAAUAUUUUAUAACCUGGUUACUUCGAAAAAGCAGUUAUUGAUUUGGGAGCGUCAGUCUCGUUAUUUCUCGUUUCCGUGCUUUGAAAUUGUUUCACGACAUGGAUCCAGCUGGUAGCGGACCGAACAGUCCUUCUGUAUUGGCGCUAAAAAAGUGGCGCAGCAUAUAUCCCGUGUAUAUCAACAGCCGAAAAACUACGGCUGAAGGUCGACGCAUUCGAAAAGAUAAGUGUGUGGAUAAUCCGACAUGCCAGGAAAUAAAGGAUAUUUUAGAUAAUAUUGGCCUGCGGAACAUGAUUGAGCCUAGAAAAAUGUAUGCUCGCGAUGCUAGCCGUGAUUUAGGCUACCAGGGGCGCGUGAAAGUGGAAUUGUUGACAGAACAGCAGGAACCAGUCAAUCCUAAAUUUCCAAAUAAACUGGCGGUAUUGCAUUACCUUGGCGAAACCAUACCUAAACUGAAAAGUCGGAGUUCUGGAAAUCAACAGAGUUCAUCUGCAGCGGGAUCGUCCUCACAAGGCGGUGGGACAAGCAAGGGCAAAUCGAAGGGAAAAGGUGGUAAAAGAAAAUAAUCUGCCUUAAAGUAAACUUUCCCGGCACGGACUUCGGAGGUAUCGAUAUUUCUUAACAUUGCCGACUCGGAAAACAAAAGACCUGUGCAUGCGCAGAAAUACUUUGACCUUUCUUUUUGUUGCUCUGGAUGCACUCUGUAUGUCUACAUUUCAAAACGAAAUUUGUGCUUAUAAUAAUAUCUGCAAAGCUCUCAGAUUUUAUGAUGCUGUCUGCGAUGAGUUAUGUUUUUUACUCAAAAACAGUUGGGUUAACAAAUUAAAAUUAAU